CAGAUUGGCGGCUGCUACGACGAACGCAGGCAAGGUCGAGCUAAAAGUCAUCCCUAGGGCACGUGGUUUUUCACCAGCUGCAUCUGCUGCUAUAGCCAUGGUUGCCGGCGUGGAAGCUCUCGUUGACCCGACCGCGCUCUCCCUCGCCCUGCCGAUGCCAACGCCGGCGCUCAAGGAGGAGGACUACCUCGCCAUCUGCCUCGCUGCGCUCGCCGGCACGCGAGGGACCGGCCUCAAGCCGGCCGGGUUCGGGCAGCACGGGAAGUGGUGCCCGCAGCCCAUCGCCGCGCCACCGCCGCCGCCAGCGCGGGAGGAGGAGCUCCGGUUCCGGUGCGCGGUCUGCGGGAAGGCCUUCGCGUCGUACCAGGCGCUCGGCGGCCACAAGUCCAGCCACCGCAAGCCGCCCACGGAGCAGCAGCGCGCCGCCGCUCUUGCUGCCGCCGCUGCGCAGGCGGCGGCGUCCGCGGGCGGGCUCGACGAGACGGCGCCGGGGCCGCACCGGUGCACCAUCUGCCGGCGGGGCUUCGCCACGGGGCAGGCGCUCGGCGGCCACAAGCGCUGCCACUACUGGGACGGGAUGUCGGUGUCCGUCUCAGUAUCCGCGUCCGGGACGACGGGAUCGUCGGGCGUCACCGUGAGGGACUUUGACCUCAACCUGGCGCCACUGCCGGAGAGCUACGCCGGGAUGAAGAGGUGGGCCGAGGAGGAGGAGGUGCAGAGUCCACUGCCGAUCAAGAAGCGCAGGAUGUUGAUUGACUGAUCUGAUCAAUCUCGUGUCGAUCCGUUCAUGUAAAAAUGAUCUAGGCAAUCAUUGAUUCGUUAAUUUGUUCAAUUCAUUUUUUGAACACAAAUCUGUUUGA